AUGGUUUUAAAAUCUACGACUGCCAACGACGUCUCGGUCUACCAGAUCUCGGGAACCAACGUGGCCAGAUCUCUUCCAGACUGGAUUGCUCGUAAACGCAAGCGGGCUUUGAAAAACGAUAUCGAUUACCAAAAUCGUGUGGAGCUAAUCCAGGAUUUUGAGUUCAGUGAAGCCUCUAACCGGAUCAGAGUCACUCGGGAUGGCCAGUAUGCGAUGGCGACGGGAACAUAUAAGCCACAGAUCCACGUUUAUGAUUUUGCCAACCUUUCUCUCAAGUUCGAGCGCCACACGGACUGUGAGAAUGUGGACUUCCUGCUUCUCAGUGACGACUGGACCAAGUCCGUGCAUUUGCAAAACGAUCGCUCCAUCGAAUUUCAGGUGAAAGGUGGAAUGCACUACAGGACCCGUGUUCCAAAGUUUGGUCGCUCUUUAGCCUACAACGAGGUGAACUGUGAUUUGUAUGUGGGAGCCGCAGGAAACGAGAUCUAUAGAUUGAAUUUGGAACAAGGACGAUUCAUGCAGCCUUUUGAGAUAGAUAGCGAGACCGGUGUCAACAUCCUUGAUAUAAACGACGUUCAUGGCCUGGUAGGUGCCGGAUUGGAGGACGGCACUGUGGAGUUUUGGGAUCACAGAGCAAGACAGAGAGUGGUCAAGAUGGAGAUCAUUGACGGCUCCGAAAUGCCCUCCACCCAAGUCACAGCACUCAAAUUCCGCAAUGAUGGGCUGAACAUGGCUGUGGGUACAUCAAAUGGAGUGUCAUUGUUGUAUGACCUCCGUCGAUCGCAACCUUUAAUGACUAAAGACCAAGGUUAUGGAUUCGCAAUUAACAAAAUAACCUGGCUGGAUGAUAAUUCGAGUGUGAGCAACAAAAUCAUGACCUCGGACAAAAAAAUCGCUAAAAUCUGGGACCGUCACAGUGGUGACCUGUUUGCAAGCAUGGAACCAAGUGUCGAUAUAAAUGAUGUGGAGUACAUUCCUGAGUCGGGCAUGUUUUUCAUGGCAAAUGAAUCGAUUCCUAUGCAUACUUAUUACAUUCCAGCUCUCGGCCCAGCUCCUAAAUGGUGUUCCUUCCUCGACAACAUAACCGAAGAGCUGGAAGAGAAGCCUUCAGACACAGUCUACUCGAACUAUAGAUUCAUCACCACGCAAGACGUCGUUCGCCUCAAUAUCUCUCAUCUUAUCGGCACCAAGGUUAUGCGUGCAUACAUGCAUGGUUAUUUCAUUGACACCGAAUUGUACGACAAGGUGAACCUGAUCGCCAAUCCUAACGCAAUCCAAGAUCAACGUGAGCGUGAAAUUAAAAAACGCGUCGAGAAAGAGAGAGAAUCCCGUAUCCGGAGUACUGGAGCUAUUUCCAACACUAAGAUCAAGGUCAACAAGGACUAUGCUACCAAGCUUGGACAGAAACUUGGCUCUGAUGUUGCAGAGCAGGUUGUCAACGAUGAUCGUUUCAAGGAGAUGUUUGAAGACCCAAUGUUCCAGAUUGACGAGGAGUCGCAUGAUUACAAGCAGCUUAAUCCUGUUCAGGGUAGUAAGCCUUUGACGGCAGCUGAGGAAUCCGACGAGGAGAAGAUGAACCCAGGGGGAGAUAGUGACAGUGAAAGUGAGAGUGAGAGUGAGAGCGAAAGCGAGGACGAGGCUACCAUUCAGAAACGCCAGGAAAUCAGAAAGAAGCAGGACCAGAGACUGAGAGAGGAGCUGGAAAAAGAAGAAUAUCUAAAGAAAAUGCAGGCUGUUUCCAUGAAACCUUUGGACGCUGCAGCUGAACUAACAGGAAAAACAGACCACAAGAACUUGUCGUUUGGCAAGCGGCUGCAGGAUGUUAAUAAGGAAAGAGAACAAGAAAGAGAACAGAAGCAGCAGGUCAGGGUGCACAAAAAUGUUCGCGGAGAGGCCGAGAUCAGCUUUGUCCCACAGAAGAAGAAGAAAGUGCGGAUUGAAAGCAACGAAGAUAGAGGCAAAACGCGGCAAAAUUACGAAGGAAGACGCCGUGCGAGUAAAAACGCUUUCAGGGGUAUGUGA